AUGGGUAAAGACCCUUAUUAUGACGAGCUUGGGUACCGUAAACCGGGACUUUUGAAAGAUCAAGUUAAAUUGGUCAAAAGGAAGGAUACUGACCGCUAUGAGAUUGUCCCAAUUCCUGAUAAUUUAUCUUUCGAGAAAGGCUUCUUUGUCGUUGUCCGCGCAUGCCAGCUGUUGACACAGAAAAAUGAGGGGUUAUUAGUGAUAGGUGUAGCUGGACCCUCGGGUGCUGGGAAGACCGUUUUUACCGAGAAAAUGCUUAAUUUUAUGCCGAGCAUUGCUGUUAUUUCAAUGGACAACUACAAUGAUGCAAGUCGAAUAAUCGAUGGGAACUUUGAUGAUCCACGCUUGACGGACUACGACACUUUGUUGGAAAACAUUCAUGAUUUGAAGGCAGGGAAGCCCGUUUCUGUCCCGGUUUAUGAUUUCAAAUCUAGCUCCCGAACAGGAUACAGGACACUUGAAGUCCCGACCUCCCGAAUCGUGAUUAUCGAGGGAAUCUAUGCCUUAAGCGAACAGCUUCGGCCUUUGCUCGAUCUUAGGGUAUCUGUGACAGGUGGCGUUCAUUUCGAUCUUGUCAAACGGGUUUUGCGCGAUAUACAGCGUGCCGGGCAAGAACCUGAAGAAAUUAUACACCAAAUAUCUGAAACAGUGUACCCAAUGUAUAAGGCUUUUAUCGAGCCUGAUCUCCGAACUGCUCAUAUAAAGAUUAUCAACAAAUUUAAUCCCUUCACUGGAUUUCAGUGUCCUACUUAUAUACUCAAGUCACUGAGGAAUGUAGAUGUUGAGCAAAUCAAGACUUUGAUGUCUGAAGAACAUGUGGAACAUACGGAACAAACGUACGAUAUAUAUCUUCUGCCACCUGGCGAGGAUCCAGAGACUUGCCAAUCGUAUCUAAGGAUGCGUAAUAAGGAUGGAAAAUACAAUCUCAUGUUUGAGGAAUGGGUAACUGAUCCUCCAUUCGUGAUAUCUCCAAGAAUAACUUUCGAAGUAAGUGUUCGGCUACUAGGUGGACUAAUGGCCUUGGGUUACACAAUAGCAGCAAUACUUAAAAGAAGCAGCCAUGUAUUUUCUGAUGAUAAGGUCUGCGUGAAAAUCGACUGGCUCGAGCAGUUAAACCGUCACUAUGUUCAGGUACAAGGUAGAGACCGGCUUGUUGUAAAACAUGUUGCGGAACAAUUGGGUUUGGAGGGUUCGUAUGUCCCGAGAACUUAUAUCGAACAAAUACAGCUGGAGAAACUUGUGAAUGAAGUUAUGGCAUUGCCUGAUGAUUUGAAAACGAAGCUUAGCAUAGAUGACGACUUUGUGUCGAGCCCAAAGGAAGCACUAUCUCGGGCCUCGGCAGCACAAUUCAAGAAUCAUAGAAGUCAACUCUCGGAACAAAUUUCCACUCUAAAUGACCGAAUGGACGAUUUCACGUCCCGCAUUGAAGAGCUAAAUACCAAAUUAUCAAGUAGAAAAGUUUCACCAAGUGCGCAAAACAUAGCAUUACCAGCCGAGACGUGUAACGGGUCAGCCCCAACAUCUUACUUCAUAUCGGGCUUGGGAAACGGGUCUUUAACUGGGCCCAAGCCCAUGAUAUCUAACUCGUUGUCUUCUUCCCAGUUAGCAAAAGAGUCUCCUUUGAUGGAAGAGCUGUCGAGUAUUUCACGGGGUCAACGCCAAAUCAUGCAUCAGCUCGACAAUCUGAGCAAUCUUUUACGAGAAAACAUGGGUGAAAAAACAGAUCGCGACAGAAAACAAAAGAGAAGUGAAACUUUCGAAAACGAGCAAACUAAAGCUGCGGUGAUCCUAGCAUCUUUGGCUUUCGGUGGUUUGGGAAUUUGUUUGAUCAAAGGCUUUUUGUCUCGGACUUGA